AUGGCUGAUCAAGAAGCAAUUCAAUCCAACUUCGAUCUCGGCAUCUGGUACGCUUUAGGCCUUUGGCCCGCCCUCACCAUCGCCGUCACCAGCAACUGGGGCGGUCCCGACAGCUCUGCAAAGCGCGACUGGUUCGCUGGUGCCAUUAGCGAUCUCUUCGCCGACCGUCCCGAUACGGAUCAAUUCGACGUCGAAGCCGUCUUGCUGCAGGUCAUGCAGGAUGAGUUUGACCUUAACUGUGAAGACGAGAGCGAGAUUCCUGUCGCAGAAGAGAUCAUGAAGCUUAGAAAGGAGACUGCCGAAGGAAACUUCUCUGGUGUUGAGGCUAUCAAGAGACGGUUCGAGGAGCGUGGAGGAAGAGUCCCCCAGAACUUGCAAGUCGUCGAGCACAAGCACGAUGACGAUGAGAGCAGCGAGGAAGAGAGCGACGACGAUGACGAUGUCGAGAUGGGCGAUGCUGCUCCUGCUCUUGUUCCCGCACCGCGCGAGAGACAGGAGCCCGAGGUCGACGAUGAUGGCUUCACCAAGGUCGUCAGCAAGAAGAAGAGAUGA